AUGUCUUCCCAGGUCACCGAGGUCAACCAGACCACCACCACGGCUGGGAGCACGCCCCCCCGUCGCAACUCGGACCCGGCGCUGGAAAUUCACAACCAGCACCAGCAUCAACAUCUGCACCACAGCGCUCGUGUCGAUGCCAAGGGUCACGACGACAAUGUAACCUACACCAGGACCGGAGAGACAACUGUUCCGCACCAGAGCCAUCUACACCAGCACUCUGUCGAGCCCCACGACAUUGAGAAGGGCGACAAGCUCAGCGGACCCCCUGAUUACGAUGGCGAGAAGACUGGCGUCGUGGCCUCCAACGAGGAGGAGGAGAAUAAGCCCUCCAAGUUCAAAACCCUCUACCGCAAGUACAAGUGGGUUUUCCACAUCCUCCUCUUCUACUUCUUCACCGGCUGGUGGAUUGCCUCGCUCAUUGAGCACCGCAAUGACAAGAACUGGGUCAUUCCGUUCCUUGUCUGGCUCUGCAUCUCCCUCCGCCUGUUCUUCUUCUACGUCCCAAGCUCCUACGUCUCCCGACCGAUCAAGUUUGUGUGGCAACACACUGCUCUCGUCAUCUACAACGCCAUUCCUGCCAAGUUCCGCACUAUCGCUGGCGCUGCCGUGACGCUCGCUGUCAUGCUCGUUGGCUCUUUCGUCUCGGAGGAGUCGGCCGACAACAACCGUGAGAACCGUGCCGUUUCCAUCUUCGGUCUCAUCGUCAUCCUGGCCUGCUUCUGGGCAACUUCGAACGAUCGCAAGCGUAUCAACUGGCGUCCCGUUAUUGGCGGUAUGCUUUCGCAGUACAUUAUUGCGCUUUUUGUCCUUCGCACCGGCGUCGGUUACGACAUUUUCAAGUUUAUUGCGGAUCGAGCUGGUGACUUGCUUGGCUUCGCCAACCAGGGAACGGCCUUCCUCACUGCUGAGAGUGUGCUUGAUCUUCACUGGUUCAUCACUGGCGUCAUUCCUCCCAUCAUCUUCUUCGUCGCCAUCGUCCAGGUCCUGUACUUCAUCGGCUUCCUCCAGUGGUUCAUCGGCAAGUUCGCAACCUUCGUCUUCUGGGCCCUUCGCGUGUCUGGUGCCGAGGCUGUCGUCGCUGCUGCCACCCCCUUCAUCGGCCAGGGCGAGUCUGCCAUGUUGGUUCGUCCUUUCGUCCCUCACAUGACCAAGGCCGAAAUCCACCAGAUCAUGACUUGCGGCUUCGCAACCAUUUCUGGUUCCACUCUCGUCGCCUAUAUCAACUUGGGUCUCAAUGCCCAGGCCAUGGUGUCAUCCUGCGUCAUGUCCAUCCCCGCCUCUAUUGCCAUUUCCAAGCUUCGCUACCCCGAGAAGGAGGAGACUUUGACUGCUGGAAAGGUCGUCAUCCCUGACGACGAUGAGCAUGAGGCCAAGAACGCUAUCCAUGCUUUUGCAAACGGUGCUUGGCUAGGUAUCAAGAUUGCCGGUACCAUUGUUGCAUCGAUUCUUUGCAUCUUGGCCUUCAUCGGUCUCGUUGAUGGUCUGCUGACCUGGUGGGGUGGCUACAUCAACAUCAACGACCCUCCUCUGACUCUCAACCUGAUUACCGGUUACAUCUUCUAA